ACAAAUAUUUCCGUUAAAAGCGAUUUGCACCACAGCAAUAGAAGAAAGUGGAGUUGGGUGAUAUCGGAAGAGAAGACCACCAUUUUCCAUUUUCCAUUUUCAUCAAGCAGCACCCCCGGCUAUGGCUUCACUAUUGCUUCCAUCAGUAACAUUUCCCCAGGCUCCCUGUAGCUGGAAGUCUUCUGUGGGAGGGAAGCGGCUCACAUUCUCGUCUGAUUAUUCGUUUACCAAUGAUUCUGCUUCAAAGGUUGGCUUGUUCCAAGUUAGGGCUUUUUUCCCCAAUUCUUCCCAAGAACCCAUUCUCAAGGAAGCGCUCAAGGAGCCGGUAGCAUUUGUGGGAGGGAUAUUUGCAGGGCUUCUAAGGCUGGACUUAAACGAAGAGCCGUUGAAGGAGUGGGUUGGGAGAACUGUUGAAGCAUCUGGCAUCUCCUCUGCAACUGCAACCAAAAAGGGUGUUGAGGAGGAGGAAGAUGAUCAAAAGCCACAGCAGAUUGAGAUAGAGUGACCAUACUAUUAUUUAUCAAAUUAUUAAUUAAUUACUAUUAUUUUAUAUAUGUGAUGUGGUCUCUUACACAGGUGAUGGAAUAAUAGCAUUGUGAUUUGUGAAAUGUAUUUGUGAAUUCCAAUGUUAUGUAUAAUAAUACAGGGGAUAUAUAUGUUGUUUAAUUAAAUGAUGAAAUAGUAUAGCAGAAAA